AUGAGUUUCAAUGGUAUCGCAUUCUUAAAUAAUACAACUUCUCGAAAUACUUCAGCUGAUAAAAGUUCUGACAGUAGAACUAUUAAAUCAGCAACAAAAUCACCUGGAAACAAAACAAUUGGUAUCACUGGUCAAAAAUCUGGUUCUACACGUGGUACUUCAGCAAAAAUUGAUUUUAAUCAAGCUCAUUGGAAAAUGAGAAUAAUAUGUAAUAAUUCUAAUGACAUUAAAAUCAUUAAUAUGGAUAAUAAAAUAUUAGAAAUUAAAGCUUUAAAAAGAGCUUGGGAAGAAAUGGAACCUGGUAGAGCAAUAAGAGCUGAAUUAUCAAGAGCACGUUAUCUUGAAGAAUAUGGUCUAAUGAAUAAAUUGGAUAAUAAAACUAUUGUAGAUGAUUCAGGAUCGACGAUCACAAUUAAAUCUGAUGAUAAUCUAAUACAAAUUAUAAAAGAUCAUUCUCCAUUAGAUCAAACUUUAUUAUUAGAUCCAUCUAAAAUUUAUAUUUUAAAAUUCCCACCAGAAUUAAAUCGUACACUUUAUCCAAUUCAAUUAAUGAAUUUAAACAAAUUCUAUCAUCAUUUCAAUGAGAUUGAAUGUAAACGUAUUGAACAAGUUCAAUCUAUUAUGAAUGCUUAUUCAAUGAAUUCAUGGUUUAUUCUAGAAUAUUCUUUAAAACAAAUUCAAUGUUUAUCUUAUAAAAAUUUAAAUGAAAUUUUAAAAUUUAAAUAUCAAUUAUUUAAUGAUUAUUUAAAAAAUUUAAAAUUUAAAUAUUUAAAUUUAAAAAAAAAACAAAAUCAAUAUAAACAAAAUUAUAUUGAUUUAUUGAAAACAAUUCAAUUCGCCACUGAUGAAGCACAUUAUAAAUACUACGAAAUGUGUAUGAAUUAUAGAAAUAAUAUAAUAAAACAAUAUAAAAUUGAUAAAGAAACAUCAUGCAAUCAAACAAUGAUUGAACAUGAUAAUACAGAACCAAUUCUAAAUCAAUUGAAAAUGUAA